AUGAAUAACAUACUUAUUGGUUUUCUAAUUUGGUUGAUACCAAUUGUAUUAGCAUCUCCUGGUGAUGACUUGUAUGCUUUCCUGGAUUGUAUUUAUCAAUGUGAACAAAUCACUUGUCGAAAUAAUCCGUACCAUGUUAUACAACAUGAAUUUUAUGAAGAACUAAGCUCUAACCCAUCUUAUGAAUUUAAGUAUUAUAAUGGAGAUUGGCAUUUUGAUAAAAUGCCAUUACCAUUGCAUCUUAGAUUGUUGGGAUGGACAUGUGAACUGAAUUGUGAUUAUCAAUGUCAACGAGUCAUCACUCAAGAAAGAAAGAAACAUCAUGAAGAAAUUUAUCAAUUCCAUGGUAAAUGGCCAUUUUGGAGAAUAUUUGGUAUCCAAGAGGUAUUUAGUGUUUUAAUGUCAUUAGGUAAUUUAUAUGUCAACUAUAAGGGACUUAAACAAGUAUGGUGGAUAAUCAAGAAUAAAGAUACCCCAUUUAAUUUGAAGUAUCAAUUCACUAAUUUAAUUGUCACUCAAGUAAUAACCAAUCUUGCAUGGAUUUUUUCAGCAAUUUUCCAUACUAGAGAUUAUUUGGUUACUGAACAUUUGGAUUAUUAUUUUGCUGGAUUAACCGUAUUAUCACUGUUUCAUGGGGUAGCAUCAAGAUAUUUCAAAUUAUAUCGUCAUGAAAGAAUAAUUGCCCGUUGGAUUUUCACCCUUACAUGUAUAUCAGCAUAUGUUUAUCAUGUUCAUAGAUUAUACACUGAUUGGUCAUAUACUUACAACAUGAGAGCUAAUAUUGCCGUGGGACUCAGUCAGAAUGUCUUUUAUGGAUUAUUAUGUUUUGCAUUAUAUUCCAAAUAUUAUAAUUUAGAACAAUCAGAAAACAAGAUUCAAUUGGCUCAUUUAAAUUAUAUCGAUGUUAAAAAAACUAUAUUACCUUCAUUUUUCGCUAGAAGUUCAAAAUUAUUUUCAUUAUAUCCAUUACUUUUGUGUUUUAUUGUACUUUGUGGAAUGUCAUUGGAAAUAUUUGAUUUUGCUCCUAUUUUCUUUGAUCUUGUUGAUGCUCAUAGUUUAUGGCAUUUGGUCACUAUUGUCCCGGUAUACAUGGGAUGGUAUGAUUGGUGGAUUUGGGAUGUAUAUGAAAAUAUCUGGCCAGAUAUCAAAGCUGCUGAAAAGAAAAAGAAAGAAUAG